UGGGAGUCCAACCCUAGGGUGACGUCAGCAGGACUGCUGCGGGUGAGUCUGCCUGUCAGAGAGAGGGAGGGAGCGCUCCGAUCAGCAGCAGCAGCAGCAGGGACAGACAGGACGGACGCAGUGACUGGACCUCACCGACCGACCCGCACUUUCACCGUAUUGUUUCUGACUGCCACAACAAGAAGAUGCCACUGGGUGAGGACGGACACGCCUGGAAAAAGAAGACCUCGGAUAUCAAGGAGAAAUAUGAUUUUAAAGACAUUCUGGGAACGGGAGCUUUCUCUGAAGUGUUCCUGGCCGAGGAGAAGAAGACACAGAGAUUGGUGGCUAUCAAGUGCAUCCCUAAGAAAGCAUUAGAAGGCAAGGAAAACAGUAUUGAGAAUGAAAUCGCAGUCCUGCACAAGAUUAAACACCCAAACAUCGUAUCUCUGGAGGAGAUAUUCGAGAGUAAAUCACACCUCUACCUUGUCAUGCAACUGGUGUCCGGCGGGGAACUGUUUGAUCGUAUCAUAGAGAAGGGGUUCUACACAGAGAAAGAUGCCAGUAAACUCAUUCAACAGAUUCUGGAUGCUGUCAAAUACCUCCAUGAUAUGGGCAUUGUGCACCGUGACCUCAAGCCAGAGAACCUGCUGUACUACAGCAUGGAAGAAGACUCAAAAAUCAUGAUCAGUGACUUUGGUUUGUCAAAGAUCGAGGGCUCUGGCAGCGUGAUGUCGACAGCCUGUGGAACGCCUGGAUAUGUAGCUCCUGAAGUUUUAGCGCAGAAACCGUACAGUAAAGCUGUGGACUGCUGGUCUAUUGGGGUCAUAGCAUAUAUUCUGCUGUGUGGAUACCCUCCCUUCUACGAUGAAAAUGAUGCCAAACUGUUUGAACAGAUCCUGAAAGCAGAAUAUGAGUUUGAUUCUCCUUACUGGGAUGAUAUCUCUGAUUCAGCUAAAGACUUUAUUGUGCAUCUUAUGGAAAAAGAUUCGAACAUACGUUUCACCUGCGAGCAGGCUCUGCAGCACCCCUGGAUUGCUGGGGAUACCGCCCUGGACAAGAAUAUUCACGAGUCUGUCAGUGCUCAGAUCAAGAAAAACUUUGCAAAAAGCAAAUGGAAGCAAGCAUUCAAUGCCACAGCAGUGAUCCGUCACAUGAGGCGCCUCCAGCUGAGCACCGGCAGUGAAGGCCCCAGCCCCACCAUGCCCGAUGCAUGCCAGGCUCAUCUGCUAACGCAAGAGGAAGAGGCACUCUGUGAAGGUGGAUGCUCCCAGAACACGGACGGAGGUGCUGACGCUCUGUCAAACUGCACCUACCGCUGCCACCCAGCCAACAGUGUGUGAUAGUUAACCCACUUCAUUUACCUGUCAAUCCCAAGUCAACUUUCCAAUUUUAACCCCCCCCCCUCUCCCUCCCCUCGGUGGAACCUGAGGCACCGUCUCCCCCUGCUUGUCUGGCUGGGAAAGCGGCGCCAUUCCAACCUGUUGUCUGCAGGGGGAGCAAGACGGUUGAGUCUGAGAGGGAAGACAUUUGAGGUGUUGAAAAGGUGGAGGGGGGAGACUUGCUGUCAUGCUUAUGCACCAUGGCAGAUCAUUUUAGGGGAUGAGUUUAAAUAGAUCAAAAGGAAGAAGGGAAGACACCCCCCUUCCUCCUUCAGGUUGGGGGGGGAUUAUUUUUUUGUGUGCAAAAAGCAAGACAGCGUUUGCUGGACGUUUUAUUUUAAUAAAAUGUUUUCAAUUUGUCUUUUUAUUUGUUUGUUUUAUCCUUUUGUAUUUUUGUGUUAUUACCUUCCUCCUUUAAGAGACUUUGGAGUGUUAAUCGCAGUACAGUGUCUGCAUGACAAGGAGACUGCCCUCCCCCUUUGCAUGAUGUACUUUAAAAACACGCACUGUAUUGUUGAAGUACGACCUCACAUUAUACCAGUGAAACAGGAUAUUUGGAGAUGUUUUAAUGACACGUGUUGGUAUUUCAGAUUUGCAAUUUAUGUCUUUAAAUCAACUGGUGGAAGAACGGUCUGUCUAAUGAAAAGGACACCAUGCAGUUAUUUGUGAUGUAGCCUCUUGCUGUUCCAUUACAAUGUUUUCAUGAAGUGUUCAGGAUUUUGGGGAGGAAAAAAGAUUUCCCUCUUCAGCCCCCCCAAAAAAGUUCAAACUUCAGCAACAGCAGAUGUAUUCUCGUCUAAGGUGCCUUUUAGUAUAUAUAGUUUUAUGAGGUGGUAGCUUUGCUUAAAUAGUGGUUUCUAAGGACAGAUUGUUUCUCAUAUAAACCUAGAGAAGGUUUACCAUAGGUUGGAUGCACAAACCAAAAUAACUAUUUAAAAAUCUCACAAAAAUCAUAGUUAGGAAGAAUUAAAGUGUGGAAAAAAGUAUUUUUAUAUCCCGUCUGUAAGAUGAGUUAAACUUGCAUUAAAAAUACUUCAUAAAAAUAUUAAGAUAACAUUUUUAGGAAUAAUUUAUCUUAGGUCUGCAGGCUGUUGCUGUGUAACUAGAGUCUUGUUAUCUUAAAUUUUAGGUGAAUGACGGUUAAGAGUCACACCGAUUAUCCAAAAGAAAAGAGAUUGAUCUGGCUUCGUAAAAACAAAAUAUCACCAGGCAUGUAAGCCACUAUAAAUCCGUAAUGAAGAAAACAUUCCUAACAUUUCAUUACAGCUCUAGCUUAAAGCUCGAAUAACUAUUUUACCAGAUUGUUUUUUAAAGAAAUAUUCAGUUUAUUGACUGAGCUGAUGCAGCUCAUUUUUCAGUCCUGGUAGAAAAGAUAGGCUAAAGGACUUUGUGCUUCUAAGCCUGAAAUGAAUCUGUCCUUAUAAUAUAUUGCAAAAAUGUUAAGUUAAUUGGAUAAUUGCUUGUAUUAAUAAAAAAAAAAGGUUAAAAGUUUUUGUAAAUAUGGCUUGUUAGAUCUCAAAUGUUGCAGAAUGUUCACCUCUGCUUUUCCAAGGUAUUUUCCCCAGCCUUAUGUACAAAAAAAACAAAACAUCAAAAAUCUGCUUUAAAUAAUUUAUGCAUCAGACCAACAUAAAAGUUUACUCAGUCACACAUAGAAUUUUUUGGCAUUCUUUUCUUUUUGUAAAAUACUUUACUUUGCACAUUUUAAGAUAUCUAUUCUUUUAAAGCAUGUUUCUAGCGCUGUUUACCAUACUUAUUUUUGUACUGGAUGUAGAGUUGCUUUAUGCAAAUGUUUUUGAAUGAUUUGCUGGGAAACCAGUGCGAAAAUCCAACUGGCUUAAAUAGACAGGAGAAAUUAGAAUCUUACUUAGUUGUGAGCUUUGUUCACUCUGACCCUUUUAUUCUUUCCUACUGAUAAUCACUGUUUAUAUUAAGGCUCCUGCUUUUUUUCUCUCAAAUGUCAGUAUUUGGUAAUUGCUCUUUAUGCUGGAUGGAUUUACCCGGGAAAUUGCUGAUAUUGCAAAGGAUGAUCAUAAAGGGAGAGAUUUUGCCGUACUUAAAAUCCCACAUAAGGUUAAAGAGCUUAUAAAAGUGUAAUAACAUUUCAAAAGGUUUACUAAUCUUGAAUGUGCUGCUUAGGAAAGUAUCUUUGAGCUUUGCUAUGCAGGUUUAUUGGGUCGUUCUUGUGAUGUAUUCCGACUGUAACAAAACUGGUGACUCCACACUGCAAAGUGCAUUUAAUAGAGUCAUUAUUUUUGCAGGAAAAAAAAGAAGUUCAGUGUGAUUAGUGUGUUUGUUCUGAAGUACUGUAACAUUGAAGCAAAAGAAGCACAGGGGAGCUCAGCGAGAGUCAGCCUGCUGACAGCUGACUCGAUUUACAUCUGAUGUACUGAUGACAAUUAAAAGAACUUUACUAUUUUGAA